ACACUAGCACCCGAAUUUAUGGGUUUUUUAUGAACACCAGGCACCAUGCUUGAUGCACAUAAGUCUCACCUGAUUGUCGGGACAGUCCCACAGUCGGUAUUGUCAUUAACUCCCACUGUUCACUGGGAAAGAAAGUCCUGGUUUUGCUGCUCUGAUCAGAAUGUCUGUUCACAGCAUUUCUCAGGACUGGAAGAGGCCGUGUACAGGAACAUACAGGCCUGCAAGGAGCUUGCCCAGACCACUCGCACAGCGUACGGACCAAAUGGAAUGAACAAAAUGGUCAUCAACCACCUGGAGAAAUUGUUUGUGACAAAUGAUGCAGCGACUAUUUUAAGAGAGCUAGAAGUACAGCAUCCUGCUGCUAAGAUGAUUGUGAUGGCCUCGCACAUGCAAGAGCAGGAGGUUGGAGAUGGCACAAACUUUGUCCUGGUGUUUGCUGGCGCUCUGCUGGAGCUGGCUGAGGAGCUCCUGAGAAUCGGCCUGUCAGUCUCAGAGGUCAUUGAAGGCUAUGAAAUAGCCUGCAGGAAAGCCCACGAGAUUCUUCCCAAUUUGGUUUGUUGUUCUGCAAAAAAUCUCCGAGAUGUUGAUGAAGUGGCGUCUCUGCUCCACACGUCCAUCAUGAGUAAGCAGUAUGGCAAUGAAGCCUUUCUGGCCAAGCUCAUUGCUCAGGCCUGCGUGUCUAUUUUUCCUGAUUCUGGCCAUUUCAACGUUGAUAAUAUCAGAGUUUGUAAGAUUCUGGGCUCUGGCAUCUGCUCCUCUUCAGUCUUGCAUGGCAUGGUUUUCAAGAAGGAAGUGGAAGGCGAUGUGACGUCUGUCAAAGAUGCAAAGAUAGCAGUGUACUCAUGUCCCUUUGACGGCAUGAUAACAGAAACGAAGGGAACAGUGCUGAUAAAGACUGCUGAGGAACUGAUGAAUUUCAGUAAGGGAGAGGAGAAUCUCAUGGAUGCACAGGUCAAAGCUAUUGCUGAUACCGGUGCCAAUGUCAUAGUCACAGGCGGCAAAGUGGCAGACAUGGCUCUUCAUUACGCAAACAAGUACAGUGUCAUGCUGGUGAGGCUGAACUCAAAGUGGGAUCUCAGACGGCUGUGCAAGACAGUGGGUGCUACCGCUCUCCCUAGACUGACCCCUCCUGUGGUUGAAGAAAUGGGACAUUGCGACACCGUGUCCCUCUCGGAAGUGGGAGACACCCAGGUGGUGGUCUUCAAGCAUGCAGACAAGGAGGAUGGUGCCGUUUCCACCAUUGUGCUUCGCGGCUCCACGGACCACCUGAUGGAUGAUGUGGAGAGAGCGGUCGACGAUGGCGUGAACACGUUCAAAGUGCUCACCAGGGAUAAACGUCUUGUCCCUGGUGGUGGAGCAACAGAAAUCGAGUUAGCGAAACAGAUCACGUCCUAUGGAGAGACUUGUCCGGGCCUUGAGCAGUACGCCAUCAAGAAGUUUGCGGAGGCAUUCGAGGCUGUCCCCCGGGCACUGGCAGAAAACUCGGGGGUGAAAGCCAACGAAGUUAUCUCCAAACUCUACGCUGUGCACCAAGAAGGAAAUAGAAAUGUUGGAUUAGACAUUGAGGCUGAGGUUCCCGCUGUGAAGGACAUGCUGGAGGCUGGGGUGUUGGACACGUACCUGGGGAAGUACUGGGCCAUCAAGCUGGCCACAAACGCUGCCGUCACUGUGCUGAGAGUGGAUCAGAUCAUCAUGGCAAAACCAGCCGGUGGGCCCAAACCUCCUAGUGGGAAGAAAGACUGGGAUGAUGACCAGAAUGACUGAGUGGGUUAGUUUUUGCUGGGGGACGGGAGGGGUAGUCGUCGUCGUGCUCUAGGAAUUGCCCGAUGGUUUUCUUAAGUUGUGUUUGGUUCCUGGCUGGACAAUGCAGUAAAGGUGUUAUGUCAAAGCCUUGUUUUCUGAUGACAUCGUGCCUGGACUAAGACCUGACUCGACCUUGUUAAUGGAACUGGCUGUGGGACUUCAGUCCUCAGGGCCCUGUCUCCAGUGUGUUUCUGGCCUGCUGCCUGUUCGUGCAUAAGUUUUAUGGGAACACAGCUGUGCUCAUCUAUUUAGACAGUGUCUACGCUGCUUCCACUGGGAAUGGCAGAGUGGAGUAGUUGUGACGGACCAGGUGAUGCAAGAUUAAAAUAUUUACUAAUCUAGUCUUUACUGGAAGUCCGCUGACUCCUGGACUAGAUUUUUCAGUGGUUUUUAUCACAAUUCCGGAAAUCCCGAGACUCAGAGUAACUUGUUUCAUUAGCAGUGAAUGGUUGAAUGGCUGAUUUGAUAAACUGAAAAUACACCACCUUACGUUUACAAAUUAA